AUAAGGAUUCGAAUAUCUAUAUCGAAGUCCGGAGCAGCAGUGAACGAUUCGUGGGUUCAUAGCUGUAGUGGUGGUGACGAGAACGACCCGCUCAGACACACCCAAGCCCUCAACACCACCGGCACUUGAGUCGACCCUAUCCAGUGCUUUUUGAAACGAUUGAAGACCUGCAGUGAGUCCCUUCAUAAACCUCAACAGAAACUCCCUGACCCAAGGAACACCACCACCACCACCAACAUGGCCCCAGUCGCGUCGUCAAGCAAGAAAGGAUUCCUCAGCCUGGCAGAGAAGUCCCUGAACACUAAACCUAAGUCAGGCGUUAAUAAGCGAAGGAGUCACGGAAGGGAGGGAACGAGAACUGGACUGCGGAAAGUGAUCAAACGAGGCAUGAAAAAAGGUGCACGUGUGGCUAUGACUGCUUAUGAGGUGGCGAAGGAGACUGGCAUGCUGAAGGGCGUCCCGGGUAUGGUGGCAGACGCCCUUGUGAAUACUACAAUCGCCUUGCUAGGUAUAAGCAGCCCGCAGCAUAUGAGCACACCCAAUGCCGGUGGUUGGAACUUGGAAUUAGAGGCCUCACAAAAUGACAAUAAUUGCUCCUUUGCUCUGAGCGUCAGCAAGUCACCGGAGUUCUCGGCGGAGCUUCAUUUUCGUUCUCCUGUUGACCUUUUCAUCAGACCAGGAAAGGUGGAGGUGAGGAAGAGUGCAGGCCGCUCACAUACACAAGGACGGGCGGCAACUCCAGGCGGGGCAAAUUCUUUCGUUUCUCCUGGAGCUUCAGUCACGGAUUUGGUUUCAAGGCCUCAAUUUGGCGCUCACGGAUCCUUGAUCGAAGCUACACCGCCCGGCUUCGUAAAUGUUCCUCUAACGCCCUCACAGACGGAACCAAACCUGCUCCUCGUAUCAAGAUGGAGAGGACACCCCCACAUACGGAACCAGUGUACAUGCCUCCUCGUAUCAAGAUGGAAAAGACGAGGAUCAAGCAAGAGGUUCCGUAAUUCGUGAACCGGGCACACUGGUUGGUAGAGGUAGAGGAGGAGGAGGAGGAGGAUCAAGCAAGAAGUCCUAUAAUUUAUCUAAACAGGGCAACGUAAAUAGAAUGGAGAGAAUAGUGCAGCACCAACACCAGGGAAAAAAGUUGCUCAUCUUUACACACGCCUCACUGACCUAUUGCUGGGUCUUGGUGAUGGCGGCUAGAGGGUGAGUUGCAGAAUGAGUGUUGGAAUGGCUGCGUCCUACUGAAGGCGACCUGAUAGUGGAAAAUAAAGUGCUGGUGUAGGGACACGUGAUAUGAUGCAUAGUGAGGAGACACAAUAGGAGGUGGAGGAGGAGAAAGUGAUCAGAUGGCCUAUACUUAAGUGUUACAAUGUGUCGAUAAAAGGCUAAACACGUGAGUUCUUUAAGUGAUUGGCUUAGGUAUACCUGUCACUAAUGCUAACCCCAGUCCGAGCGACACACAGCAGUACAUCGACCUGUGAACGCGUACUUUCUCGCCACGCUCGCUGAGAAACGCUCUCCCACACCUUUUUGCUGUAAAUCAAAUCUGUUUACUUUCAUUGCCAAUUUCUGUUAUUCUAGUAAUGUUUUAAAAAUAGUGAUGGUGUUUGUAGUGAGUAAUAAAGAACGUAUUUGUAACUGCC